UCUUUGCUGCUUUUACAGAUCCAGACUAACACGACUACCCCUCUGAUCCUUAACCAUCUGUUUACGACAGCACCACUUGGGGAAUUCUGGGCUCGGGAGCAGGCGCUCCCCUGCUGCCCCACCUAGCCAGGCUACUGUGCCCCAAGCUGAAGCUCACCCGGGCAAGUGCUGGCCCUGCGGCUCAUCGCCCACCUCAGGCGCCCUGGGCUCUGCCUGGCCUGGCUCAGCUCCCGCCCCUCCUAGCCAGCGGGGGGAAUUCAUCUGGGCCUGCCCCUUUAAGACUCCCGCUGGGAAGCUUCACCCCCGACCCGUGACACGGGCGUGACAGCGCGGCUCUGACAGGGAAGUGAGUCUCCUACAUCACGUGACAGGGCUCCGCCAGGCAGCUAGUAGCGGCGUUCCUAUCCCAGUGUCCUCCUCCCACUCGGGAGGAAUAGCCGCUCUUGCAACUUCUCUCGCUGGUGGGGUACAGUCUGUCCGCCGCAGGAGGACCACAGUCGCCAGGACUCUAUGGUCUGAGUUUGGCCUUUACGGGGCAGCCGGACAGACGGGACCUGCCUGCAUCGAUUCGCUACAGCCUGACGGGUCAGAGCUGGCCGAUGGCCCUGCCUGCUGCCCAAUGCUCAUGGGGCCUGCUCCUAAUCUUUGUCUUCUUCAUGGGCUUUUCCUGCACUGACGGUGCCUCCACCCUUCCACACCACAACUAUUGCAUCAUUGGUGCUGGCCCCUCGGGCUUGCAGAUGGCCUAUUUCCUCCAACAUGCAGGCCGGGACUAUGUGGUCUUUGAGCGUAGCCAUGCACCUGGCAGCUUCUUUGCCCUUUAUCCACGCCAUCGCAAGCUUAUCAGCAUCAACAAACGACACACUGGCAAGUCCAACAGCGAAUUCAAUCUUCGCCAUGACUGGAACUCCCUUCUCAGCCAUGACAGCCGACUGCUUUUCCGACACUACUCUCAUGACUUCUUCCCUGAGGCUGACACCAUGGUGCGUUACCUUGAAGACUUUGCUUCCAUGAUGGAGCUCCAGGUUCAAUACAACACUGCCAUCAUCCAUGUGAGACUGGAGAGGGACUCACAGGCAUGGAAUGGCCAUUACUUCAUUCUUACAGACCAUAACAGCCAGAACUACAGAUGCAGCCUAUUGUUGGUAGCCACUGGAACAUGGGUUCCCAAUGUGGUAAACUUCCCAGGCUCCGAAUAUGUUGAGGGCUAUGAAUCUGUGUCCAUCAACCCAGAGGACUUUGCUGGCCAGAGUGUGUUGAUCUUGGGUCGAGGGAACUCUGCCUUUGAGACAGCAGAGAACAUUCUGGGGGUCACCAAUUUCAUACAUAUGGUGAGCCGCUCCCGCGUUCGCCUCUCUUGGGCCACCCACUACGUUGGAGAUUUAAGAGCGAUUAACAAUGGACUCCUAGAUACAUACCAGCUGAAGUCUUUGGAUGGGCUUCUGGAGGGUGACUUGGAAGAUCUGGCUAUUGUCAAGGAUAAGAAAGGGAAGCUGCACAUCACUCUCAAAUUCUAUCUGGAAAACAGCAACAGCAGUGCAGGUGCAGAAUCCAUCACUCUCCCACAGGAUGAGCUGGACAACUUUGCCACCCGGGCACCCUACGACCGUGUCAUCCGCUGCCUGGGUUGGAAGUUUGACUUCUCCAUAUACAACAGAUCUCUUAGACUGAUGCCAGGGAAAGGGAAUAAGAAGAAGUAUCCUCUGAUCAAACCCAGUUAUGAGUCAAGAGGCACCCAGGGGCUCUUUGUUCUGGGCACUGCUAGCCACUCUAUCGACUUCAGGAAAUCUGCUGGGGGCUUUAUCCAUGGAUUCCGAUAUACAACUCGUGCUGUCCAUCGCUUGUUGGAACAUCGUCACCAUGGAGUCCCCUGGCCAUCAUCAGUCUACCCCAUUACACAGCUGACAAAUUCCAUCAUAAAACGGGUGAAUGAGGCAUCUGGACUAUACCAGAUGUUCAGUGUCCUGGGUGACAUCAUUCUGCUGAGAGAGAAUGCCGCGGCAUUUGAGUACUUGGAGGAGUAUCCAGUCGGGAUCCUGGCAGAGCUGGAAUUGCACACAGGGAGAAAGGCCCACAAUGGGCUCUUUGUUGUCGUCAUGGAGUAUGGGAAGAAUUUCUCUGGGGCUGACAAGGAUGUCUUCUACUACAACCGAGCAGUGGGGGAGGCACAACAUGCCUGGCAGUCUAACUUUCUGCAUCCUGUUAUUUAUUACUACAAACAACUCCCCACAGUGCGUGAGAUGAGUCUCCGUCCUCCAGACUGGCCUCUCCCCCGCCCAGAUGCUGUCCAUCAUAUUGUGGAGGAUUUCCUGACAGACUGGACUGCCCCAAACGCCCAUAUCCUCCCACUUAGACGCUUCCUGGAGAACUGCCUGGACACUGAUCUGCGCAGCUUCUUUGCAGAGUCCUGUUUCCUGUUUGCUCUGACUCACCAGAAGCUGCCUCCCUUUUGUCAGCAGGGAUACAUGCGAAUGCAAGGGCUUGUGGGUAACAAAAGACUUAGGCAGCAUGCAGUGGAAGCCGGCCUACUGGAGGACCACACUGUUACGCACUUUACAGAUGAACUGCUUGGUGGCCAGAGGGGUUCACGUGACCAGUUGCUGAAGGAUCACGUGAUACCAAGUAGCCCCCUACAUUAUCUUGUGACUACCAAGGAUGAACUUUAACCUUUCCCAAUUCAUACUGAAACUCAUGGGGACUGUUGUGACAAUACUGUAACACACAUCUGCAGCAGGAUUCCAACCUCUUUCAUGUGCCACUGGCUUCCUGCCCAUCCCUCCAGCAGUCCACAUAUUGCCAAAGACCUGCUCAGAUCUGUUGUGACUGAUGGGACCGAUGUGCUCUGGAGGAUAAGUAAGAAGCUGAGAUUCAGUGAGGUGGAGGCUUCUCCUUUGUCCGUGCAGAGCCCACAGUGCUCAAAGACAGUGUUGUAUUUAUCUUAUGGACCAAUGUCUGGCAACAUCUGGGGAUCACAGGUAUGGGAAGAGAGAGAGAGAAGAGAUGCACAGAUGGCUUAACAUGAAAUAUUUUUGGUUUUGAUGUGACACAGUCAAAUGUCUUGAGGGCAGGUUGGAGACUCUGAUCAUUGGAUGCUGUGUCCAGUACAUUCUUGUUUAUACCUGAAGAUUUGUAUGUUCACUGAAUCGGAAGCGGUACGUUCAGAAGCAAAAUUUUUCAUGCACUUUGAUGGAGACAGUGAGGGGCAUGGCAGUAUAUUUAGUUUUAGUGCAGGGUAAUAUAAUGUCACUGCCUGGACGGCGGUCCCAAAAGCCACCUCCCUCUUUAAUGGUAAGCAGCUAGCCUAGGAAGCUUAGACCCAAUGUGAACUGUCACUAGAUAGACCCUGCUAGCCUAUCCAUUCCUUUACUUGGUGGAGUUGGUAUUCUUUGCCAGCUGCUCCUAUUUAGAAGGGAUAAUCCCUGUAUUUUUUAACAAAAUAUCUGUCCUAUUUGCACUAUGUCCUUCCAAAAAGCUUCCAGUGCAUUUCACUCUAGUUAAAAUGUGUAUUCCUAGUUUUCUUCCCAGAUGUUCCUAUUUAUAGCUUUCAGAUGUAUGGUAAAUUGUCUGUCUGCGUUUUAUUGCUCCAUUAUCUGAUAGGCACAAACCUCUCACUUCUUGGAAACCACUAAUCAGGGCAAGGAGUUUUGAGUUCAGUCUUCCUAUGGGCUUGUCUACAUCACAAAGUUGCAGCGCUGGUGAGGGGGUUACAGCGCUGCAACUUAGGAGGUGUACACA